AUGUAUAAGUCGAAAGAAGCAACGAAAUACAAGAACGACGCUAUCGACAUAUGGAAUUUCUUCUCACAUUUUCUAUCUCUUAUUUUCUCUUUCCUUUCCUUUCUUUUUCUUUCCUUUCCUUACUUUUCCUUUCCUUUCUCUUUCUUUUCCUUUUCUUUCCUUUCUUAUCCUUUCCAUUGCUUUCCUUUCCUUUUUCUUGCUUUUACUUUGCUUUCUUUUCCUUUCCUUUCUCUUUAUUUUCCUUUCCUUUCCUUUCUCUUUCUUUUCCUUUCUUUUCCUUUCUCUUUCUUUUCCUUUCUUUCCUUUCCUUUCUUUUCCUUUCCAUUGCUUUCCUUUCCUUUCUAUUUCUUUUCCUUUCCUUUCUUUUCCUUUCCUUUCUUAUCCUUUUCAUUACUUUCAUUUCCUUUGUCUUUCUUUUCCUUUGCUUUUCUUUUCCUUUCCUUUCUCUUUCUUUUCCUUUCCUUUCUUUUCUCUUUCUUUCCUUUCCUUUCUUUUCCUUUCCAUUGCUUUCCUUUCCUUUCACUUUAUUUUCCUUUCCUUUCUCUUUCUUUUGCUUUCCUUUCCUUUCCUUUCUCUUUCUUUUCCUUUCCUUUCACUUUCUUUUUCUUUGAUUUCUUUUCCUUUCCUUUCCUUUCUUUUUCUUUUCCAUUGCUUUUCUUUCCUUUCUUUUCCUUUUCCUUUACUUUCCUUUCUCUUUCUUUUCCUUUCCAUUGCUUUCCUUUCCUUUCCUUUCUCUUUUUUUCCUUUCCUUUCCUUUCUCUUUCUUUUCCUUUCCUUUCUCUUUCUUUUCCUUUCCUUCCUCUUUCUUUUACUUUCCUUUCCUUUCUCUGA